UUUUCGAUUCAGAGUCAUCGUCAUGGCGUUCAAUGAAACCGCAUGCGAUAUUCACCUGUCCAUUCAUGAUGGCGGCACCCAUCUAGUAGCAAUAUGCAACAACGACGAGGGCUCCGGGAUCACCGGUGAUCUUCUUCUUGACCAAUGCUUAGGCAAUAAGGAUGGCCACUUCGAAUGGGGCGGAACGAACUUCAGCAAGAAUGCGAAGAACGUUACGUUUAGCACUGAAGGACCAGAUCGAAAACCAGUGCUUCACUCGGAGCUUCUGGAUUCAUCCGGGCAUUAUGUUCAAGACAAGGUGGACCUUGCUUCUCACAUUGCCAAUGUUGAGGGUGAACUAAAAUUCACUCAACCCGAGGAUUAACCGGUCCUCUGCAAGGUUAUCCUAAUUACGGUGAUUACUUUGGUGAAGUUGAAUAUCAUUUUCCUAAUAUCUGUCAAAAUUUCGCAUCUUGAAAUGCCGUUUCGCGUAAAUCACUCGGCUGUUCAGCUAGGGAUGCUGUAAUGAGUACCGCUACUUCCGCAUAAUAUGACAAUCACGG